CAAAACACUGAGAUAUAUACUAUUUGUACCUGGAACAGCAUUUAUGACAUUGAUAUCGCAUAUUUGUGAACAUUAUUUUGUGUUGAGGAUGCGGAGCGCAUCUCAUAUCCUCAAUCUGAUGCUGUUAAGGAGAGGCUCAUCCAGACUCUGUUCCUGCAGUACUCCAAAACCUUCAUCAUCCCCUUCAUCUCAGUCAAAUUCUUCUCCACGGACCCAAGUUGAACAACAGAGGCGUAGACGUGAACGGGAGGAGGCCAUAUUGUCAAGUCGACACAGUACUCCUGAAGAUAAAACCAUGAAAUGGAGUGAUAAAGAGAAGAUAGUGUACACUGCUCAAACCUCUCCUGGGACAAAGAAAGACACCAGCCUGCCAUUCCCAUCCUCGUACAGCCCGGAGUAUGUGGAGCACAGCUGGUAUCAGUGGUGGGAGAAAGAGGGGUUUUUUACUCCAGAGCAACAUGAAAGGUUACCUCAGGCCGUGGAUAAGACCUUCUCUCUCUGUAUCCCUCCGCCAAACGUGACUGGUACUCUGCACCUGGGCCAUGCUCUGACUGUAGCUAUAGAAGAUGCUCUGGUUCGAUGGAGAAGGAUGCAAGGUUACAGAGUACUGUGGGUCCCUGGAUGUGACCAUGCAGGUAUUGCAACACAGACAGUGGUGGAGAGGAGACUGCUCAGGGAAGAAAGGAAGCGCAGACAGGACUUAACCAGGGAAGAGUUUCUACUGGAGAUGUGGAAAUGGAAGAAUCAGAAAGGAGACGAGAUCUACCACCAACUGAGGAGGCUUGGAGCGUCUCUGGACUGGAGCAGAGCCUGUUUCACUAUGGAUCCAGGCUUUACCAAGGCUGUGGCCGAGGCCUUUGUCAGACUGUGUGACUCUGGUCAGAUUUAUCGCUCGGAGGCACUGGUCAACUGGAGCUGUGCUCUGGAGUCUUCCAUCUCUGACAUAGAGGUUGACUCAAAGGAGCUGUCUGGGCAGACCAUGUUGUCUGUUCCGGGUUAUGAAAACAAAGUAGAGUUUGGGACGAUGUUUACCUUUGCGUACCCUAUAGAGGACCACGACGGAAAGCUGGAAGUGUCCACCACUCGUCCUGAGACUAUGCUGGGAGAUGUGGCUGUAGUUGUUCACCCUGAUGAUCCUCGAUAUCAGGCUCUUCAUGGGAAGCAGUGCAGACACCCCUUCACCAACAGACUCCUCCCCAUCAUCACUGAUUCAGUGGUAGACAUGGAGCUUGGAACAGGUGCAGUGAAGGUGACCCCUGCUCAUGAUCACACUGACUUUCUGCUCUCGAAGAGGCACUCACUGCCAUGCCUCACUGUGAUCGCAGGAGAUGGAACCAUGACCCCCCCCUGUGGACAGUGGCUGGAGGGAGUGAAGCGUUUUGAUGCCAGACAGCGCAUUGUGGAUGCCCUGGUUGAGAAGAAGCUGUUUAGAGGGAAGAAGGAUCAUGCUAUGACUUUAUCCAUUUGCAGCCGCUCAGGAGACAUCAUUGAACCUCUUCUAAAGAAGCAGUGGUUCAUCCGCUGUAAUGAAAUGGCUAAAAAGGCUAUACAGGCUGUGGAGGAUGGACGACUAGAAAUCAUUCCACACUUCUACACCAAGGCAUGGACGAACUGGCUGUCCAGCAUCAGUGAUUGGUGCAUCUCCAGGCAGCUUUGGUGGGGUCAUCAGAUCCCUGCUUACCAAGUGAAGCUUCCUAAUUCUACUGACAAACAAGAGGAGCAGUGGGUUUGGGGACGGAGUGAAAACGAGGCUCGUCAGAGAGCUGCUGUCAAAUACGGAGUGAAGCCAGAAGCCAUCACUUUGACACAAGACCCUGAUGUCCUGGAUACGUGGUUCUCCUCAGGACUGUUUCCCUUCGCCAUGCUUGGCUGGCCAGAGCAGACCGCUGACCUUCAGCGCUUCUAUCCCAGCUCUCUUUUGGAGACAGGCAGUGACCUCAUCUUCUUCUGGGUGGCAAGGAUGGUGAUGCUGGGCACAGAGCUGACCAAACAGCUACCCUUUAAACAGGUUGUACUUCACUCUCUGGUGAGAGAUAAACAUGGCAGGAAAAUGAGCAAAUCUCUGGGAAAUGUCAUCGACCCACUAGAUGUUAUACAUGGGGUUUCUCUAGAGGUGGGUAGCUCGGUCCAGGAGGCAUUGGAGGCGUGGAACCUUAACCCCCGGGAGCGGCUAGUUGCCAUGGAAGCACAGAGGAAAGACUUCCCUAAGGGGAUCCCUCAGUGUGGGACUGAUGCUCUGAGAUUUGCCCUUUGCUCUCACAAGAUACAGGGAGAAGACAUCAGUCUGUCCAUCUCUCGGGUCCUGAACUGCAGAUACUUCUGUAACAAAAUGUGGCAGACGCUAAGAUUCACACUUGGAGUGAUGAGUGAAAACACAACACCAGUGGGAACACUGGAAGAGACAGUUCCUCUGAGCGGCAUGGACCGGUGGAUCUGCUCCAGACUCUACAGCACAGUUUUACAAUGUGAGCUGGCCUUUGAAGCCUAUGAGUUGCACACUGUCACAUCUGCCCUGUACUCCUUCUGGGUCCAUAGCCUGUGUGAUGUCUACAUGGAACAUGUGAAGCCUGUGCUGGUCCAGCAGGACGAAGGUGCAGCGUUCCAGACUGAGAGAGAGCACAGUGGCAGAGCAAAGCACGUGGCCAGCAGCGUCCUCUAUCAUUGUGUGUCUGUAUCUCUUGCCUUGCUGUCCCCCUUCAUGCCUUUCAUCACUGAGGAGCUAUGGCAGAGACUCCAGCCGUUCAGACCUGGAGCUGCUGCCCAGACCAGCCUGUGUUUAGAACCAUACCCCUGCUCCUCUCAGCUGACACACUGGCAUUUUCCUGAAGAGGAAAGAAAUUUCCUGCUGGUUCAAGAAGUGAUCCGAGUGGCCCGCUCUCUACGAGCCCAGUGUGGCAUGACCAAAGAAAAGCCUUCCAUGUGGGCAGUGUGUUCACCCAGCCAGGCCCAGGUUUUCCAUAAUUUCCGAUCAGCUCUUUGUACUUUAAGCCGGAUCUCCGCCCUCAAUAUCUACUAUCCUCAUAAAGCAGACAGCCUCCUCUCUGACCACUGCACUCCUCCACCUAAAGGAAGCCUCAUUGGUGUGGUGGACCAUAUGUGUCAGCUACACCUUCAUGUUCAGAGUGGAACGAACAUCGACAAACAGAUCCUGCAGCUCUUCCAGCGCAGAGAGAAGCUUGUUCCAAAGCUGGAGGACAUCCUCUGCAGAGUCCGGUCUCCAGACUACCUGACUAAGGUUCCUGUUCAUGUCAGACAGCAGAUGGACAUUAAGAUGUCAUCGUUGCAGCAGGAACUGAAGAUCAUUGAGGACCAGCUGAAGAUGCUGCAAGAGAUUCAGGAUGAGUAGAGCCACCGUGCAGCACAGUGACUCUGUGGACAUCAGAACUAAUUAUAUUAAAGCCAUUAUUUGUAAUGUUGCCUGUUCCUUUGAUCUCUGCACUGCUUCGGUAAAGAAGACUUAAUGUCACUGACAGUUUAUUCACAUGAUACAGUAGCUCACUGUCAAACUAGUCCAGCAGUACUACAGUGUAUACUGCACUGAUCAAGAUCUGAUUUCCAGCAAGUUAGUCCAUUAAAUCAUAAAAUAUCCUCAUUUUGCCAGCUGCUUCUCCCACAUUACAUCACUAAAAUGGAUACACCUACAAAAAUGACCCCAAAUAUUCAUGUAGUGUUGUGUAGCUGUAUUCUCUUUGCCCAAACAAUAGGAAUUGGUGUUGUCAGUGACAGGUGCAAGGCCAUGGCUGCUUCUCAAUAAUAUGUUCCCUACUGGGGCAGUAGACCACCCUACAAACAUCAGUGCAGCAAUGUUGAGAGAGGUGGAAAUGGUAGUUAGGUGGGGAAGAUCAGGAUUGGCCUCUGGGUCUAAUUGCUUACCUUGUAU